UGUGCAGACAGAAUGACCCAAGGUUCUGGGUCCUUUCGGCAGCUGGAAAAGGAAUGUGUGUGGUGGGGGAGGGUGGGGAGUGUGUGUGUUGUUGGUGCAUCUGUGUGUGCAACACGGUGUCUGGGACAAGGUGAGCCUGUCCCAAGUAAGACCAUGAAGCCGAGGGAGGUUGGCCAAUGGACCCAGGACACCCAGACCCUGCUCUCUGGGGCCCCGUUCUGUGCCCAGCCCUGCCCCCACACUGUGGGUCUGCCCCACCCCCAGCUACUGGGCCUUUCUAUGGCCGCCAUGGCAGCUGUCAACUACCUAGGGACACACUUUGCUGUCGUCGGCCGCGCAUCCUCAGACAGGACCCCCUAUGAGGCCACACGCCGCUGGGCCUUCUGCACCAGCAUCAGCCUGGCUGGGCUCCUGACCCUGGGCGCCGUGCUGGGUGCAGUAGCCACCGUGAGGGAGGCCGGGGGCCUCAUGGCUGGGGGCUUCCUGUGCUUUGCCCUGGCGUUCUGCGUCCUGGUGCAGGUGGCCUUCUGGAGAUUCCACAACCCUGCCCAGGUGGAGGAUGCCGUGUUAGACACCUACGAUCUGGUGUAUGACCAGGCAGUGAGGAGCUCGUCCGUCACCCUGCGGCAGCAGCUGGUGGCCAUUCAGGACACGUUCCUGUGCUGUGGGAAGAGCUCUCCUUUUGGCCUCCUGGGGGCCACGGAGGUCAGUCUGUGUCCAGGAGAGGAGGCCACCAGACAGGACUGCUUGGUGGGGGUCAGGAGCUUCCUGAGGACCUACGGAAACAUCGCCUCCACCCUCACUGGCAUCGGCCUGGCCUCCACGGUGUAUGCCGUACUGCUCAGCUCCUUUCUCUGGUUCGCCUUUCGCUCUGGCUGCAGCUUGGACCGUAGGGGCAAGUACACCCUGAGCCGGAGAGCCCGUGACUGCCGGCCCCAGGAGCCCAGCUUCUUCAGACGCUCCCCGGGGAGGCCCGCACUCCAGCACCCGAUGGAAGCGGACGUUCUCGAUGGCCGCCUGCGUGCGAGCAGACCCUCAGGGGGCCCUCAGUUCCUCCAGGACAGCUGACGCUGCUUCAACCACCUGCCCUGCCACCCGUCGGCCCACAGAGGCUGAGCGGGCCUGAACGCGAGCCUUACGAGGAGGGUGCGACGUGUUUUCUGCCGCAGCGCGGAGGGACGGGGAAGGAGAGGAGGAGGCCGGCUCUGUUUCAGCAGACAAGGGGCCCGGGGUCACUCACUGACUCCGCGGGAACAGACUGGGAAGUGGUUGCAGCAGAGAAGCCACGGGGCAGGUUUGGGCACUCUGCUUUGUCUCACGAGGUCAGAGCCCAGGGCCGAGCCUGGCCGGGCGCCCCACUGGCCGCCGGCUCCGGGGGAUCCUACUUCCAGGCUCAGUCCGGCUGCUGGCUGGACACAGGUCCGUGCGGAUGGAGGACCGAAGGCCCCCUCCUUGCCAGCCGUCAGCGGACCACCUCCGUUCCUUCUCAUGUGAGGCCUUCGCGUCCGAGCCGGCGAGGCAGGCCCGUCCUCUUGUGCUGAGACCUCUGACUUCCCCUUGCCCCCGGCCGGGGAGCUCACUUGCAAGGGUUCCUGUGGCUGCAGAAGGCCCACUGGGAACCUCGUGUCUCUGGCAGAAACCCCACACUUCCGGUGGGGUGUUCACAGGUGCCAGGGCCGAAGGCGAGACUCGUGGGGUGUGUGCAGGAGGGCUCCGUAGACGUCCAGUUUCCAGGCCGCUCCCGCUGGUGGCUCCCAAGCUACCUCUCUCCGUUCUCUCCAACCGUCCCUGAGGGUGUUCACUCUCUGCUCGAAAUCGGAAGCCCCAGGUGGAACCCCGGAUUGGCCCAGCCCAGGCCGAGGCCCCGGCAGAGCUGACCAAGGAGAGAGGGAUGUCGGGGCCGUUUAACCUCCUUCUGGGGAGGUCGGGCCUGCCGCCACCAAGACCAGCAAAGGAGGGUCCUCCAAAAGGGAAGAACCCUCUGUGACAGGACGGGCAGGCAAGACAGUGGGCACGUGGCCACACCCCCCACCGUCCUCCUCUUGCGUUUCCCCUCGCACGCCCACCCACGCACGCUUCCGGAGGCAAGCGUGUUCCCACCUCAUGUAGCGCCGGUGGCCCUCCUUCAGUGGAAGAGCUUGUCCCCAGGCGAGGACACCCCAGGGUCUCCUGGGUCCUGCAUUCGGGGACAGCCCAGGGUCCCCGGCCACGUGCAUUUGUCUUCUGGACCUGCUCUGGUCAGCUUGUCACCCUACAGCUUACAAAACAUAUUUUAUAAUUUUUUAAGUUUAUUUAUUUUUGAGAGAGAGAGAGCCGGGAUGGGCAGAGAGAGGGAGAGAGGGAGGCUCCCAAACAGGUUCCUCCCUAGCAGUGCAGAGCCCGACACGGGGCUUGAACUCACAGACCGCGAGACCACGAUCUGAGCCGAAACAAAGAGCCGGAUGUUCAACCAACGGAGCCCCCCAGGUGCCCUGCAGAAUGUGUUUGAAAGAUCACAACCAGCGAGGUGUCCUCUGCACAGCAGUGGCGGAAAGAGGGAAAGAAGAUAAGGGGAUGUAGUUAAGCUCUACAAACACGGAACUCAGCAGCGAGGGAAUCUCCAGACAGUUAUUAAGAGAACAGCUGGGGCACCUGGGGGGCUUGCCCGUUAAGCGUCUGACUUUGGCUCAGGUCAUGAUCCCACCGUUUGGGGGUUUGAGCCCCACAUUGGGCUUUGUGCUGACAGCUCAGAGCCUGGAGCCUGCUUCGGAUUCUGGGUCUCCCUCUCUCUCUUCCCCUCCCUGACUUGUGCUCUGUCUCUCAAAAAUAAAUAAACAGAGAAAGAAAGAAAGAGAGAAAGAAAGAAAGAAAGAAAGAAGAAAGAGAGGAAGAGAAAAAGAAAAAAAGGAAGAAAGAAAAAAGAAAGAAGAAAGAAAGAGAAAGAAAAAAGGAAGGAAGAAAAAAAGAAAAAGAAAGAAAGAAAGACAAAAGGAAGGAAGUAAAGAAAGAAAGAAGAGAGAAAGAGAAAAAGAAAAGAGGAAUGAAGAAAGAAGAAAAAAGAAAGAAGAAAGAAAGAGAAAGAAGAAAGGAAGAAAGAAAGAAAGAAAGAAAGGAGAAAGAGAGGAAGAGAAAAAGAAAAAAAGGAAGGAAGAAAGAAAGAAGAAAGAAAAAAGAAAGAAGAAAGAAAGAGAAAAAAAGGAAGGAAGAAAAAAAGAAAAAGAAAAAAAGAAAGAGAAAGAAAAAAGGAAAAAAGGAAGGAAGUAAAGAAAGAAGAGAGAAAGAGAAAAAGAAAAAAGGAAUGAAGAAAGAAAGAAGAAAAAAGAAAGAAGAAAGAAAGAGAAAGAAAAAAGGAAGAAAGAGAAAGAAAGAAAGAAAGAAA